UUCGCCAUCACCGGGAGGGGAGAGGAAGAGGCAGGCACAUUUACCGGGAGGGGAGAGGAAAAGGCAGGCACAGGUGGUGAGAAUCCAGGAUCCUUUACUCAGGAGGCAAAGAUUCCGAAACCCCAAGAGCUCUAUAAAACCACUUCCACCUCACACAUACCUCAGUCUUUACUUUCUUCGUUGGAGAUGGUCGAAGAAUGAAGAUGUGCAGUGUUCUUUAGGUUUUGGAACUGUUUAGACUUCAAGGAACUUUAAACUUAAAUCAUGGCUCCUACUCGACAGCCACCUUUAGUUACUGGCAUCUCUCCCAAGGAAGGUAUUUCUUGGACAAAAGUCACAAUUCGAGGAGAGAAUCUGGGCACUGGACCAUCAGACCUCAUAGGUCUGACAAUAUGUGGACACAACUGCCUACUAACCGCAGAAUGGAUAUCUGCUAGCAAAAUUGUAUGUCGUGUUGGACAAGCAAAAAAUGACAAAGGGGACAUUAUUGUUACAACCAAAUCAGGAGGGAAGGGAACUUCAACUGUUUUCUUUAAAUUGCUGAAGCCUGAAAAAAUAGGUCCAUUGGUCCAGUCUGCUGUGUGGGUUGAGGAAAUUAAUUAUUAUGAUAUGCGCACUGACAAAAAUAAAGGCAUCUCUCCUUUGUCUCUGAGACCAGAUAAUCCUCUAGGGAUUGAUAUAGACAGAGGGAAAGUCCCCCAUAAGGACAUUGAAACAUUAUUUCCUGGGAUGAGUGGAGAUUUUACCAGUGAAAAGUUUUCGGCAACAUGGUACCUGAUAGAAAACCAUUCCAGCACAAGCUUUGAACAGCUAAAAACCGCAGCCAAUAAUUUAAAAAAGCAAGCACAAAAGAAGAAUGAAGGAAAUGUUGCAUAUGUUAAAGGAGGACUAAGCACAUUCUUUGAAGCUCAAGAUGCGUUAGCAGCAAUCCAUAAAAAAUUGGAUGAGGAUGGAACGGAAAAAGUAGAAGGGUCAAUGACGCAAAAAUUGGAGAAAGUUCUGAAACGUGCAAGUACAACUGCAGAUGCUCUCUUCCAAGAAGUGCUUGGCCGGAAGGACAAAGCUGAUUCCACUCGGAAUGCCCUAAAUGUCCUUCAGAGAUUUAAAUUUCUUUUCAAUCUACCACUCAACAUUGAAAGAAAUAUCCAGAAGGGUGAUUAUGAUGUGGUAAUUAAUGAUUAUGAAAAAGCGAAAUCGUUGUUUGGAAAGACUGAAGUACAAGUGUUUAAGAAAGUUUAUGCUGAAGUGGAAACCCGAAUUGAGGCUUAGGAAAUACUCUUGGACAAGCUGUUGGAAACACCCUCUACUUUACAUGACCAGAAACGUUACAUCAGAUAUCUUUCCGAUCUCCACGCUCCGGGUGACCCUGCUUGGCAGUGUAUUGGAGCCCAGCACAAAUGGAUUGUUCAACUUAUGCACAGCUGUAAAGAAGGCUAUGUUAAAGAAUUUAAAGGAAACUCAGUCCUUCAGAGCCCUUUGCUUGACAUGGAUAGUGAUGGUCGCCCAUCUCCAAUUGGCCGGCUCAGCCAAACCACAUCACUACAGAGAGGAAGUAGUUUCCAGUCUGGACGCAAUGACUCAUGGAGAUAUAAAACACCUCAUCAAGUAUCAUUUGUUGAAAAACUAACAAAAAUUGUUGUGGGACAACUUCCAAAUUUCUGGAAACUAUGGAUUUCGUACGUCAAUGGAAGCCUUUUUAGUGAGACAGCUGAAAAAUCUGGCCAAGUGGAAAAGUCUAAGAAAAAUGCAAGACAAAGACAAAACGACUUCAAGAAAAUGAUUCAAGAAAUAAUGCAAUCAUUGGUAAAACUUACUCGUGGAGCAUUGCUCCCAUCUAGCCUUGAAGAAGGGGAACUGAGACUUUAUGGUGGCUGGGAGAUGAAACCUGAACUUUCUGGCUCUUGGUUAUCUCAUAUUAUUCAAACUGUUCGACUUAGUUAUGAAUCUCUGACUGCUCUUGAAAUACCCAAUGAUAUGUUGCAAACCAUACAGGAUCUUAUUUUGGAUUUACGAAUACGCUGUGUCGUGGUGACUUUACAGCAAACAACAGAAGAAGUGAAACGACUGUCAGACAAAGAAGACUGGGUUGUUGACAAUGAAGGGUUAACCUCUUUGCCAUCUCAAUUUGAGCAGUUGAUCAUUCAGUCUCUGCAGUCACUGAAAGGAGUCCUUGAAUGCAAACCUGGAGAAGCAAAUAUCUUUCAACUCCAGAAAACUCAAGAUGAAGUGUGCUAUUUGUGCAUUCAUAUCAUCCAGGCCUUCAUAGCAAGCCUUGAGUGCCUGAGCACAAAACCAGAUGGGGAUAUGGAUACCAUGCAUGUUUCAUUAGAUGUUUCGUCUCCUGAUUUAUUUGGGAGCAUGCACGAGGACCUCAGCAUAUCUUCUGAAAAACGACUCUUAAUCGUUCUGAGCAACUGUUGCUACCUAGAGCGCCACACUUUACUAAACAUUGCUGAGCAUUUUGAGAAGUACAACUUCCAAGGAAUAGAGAAGAUAAAUCAGACCAGUAGAUACUCGCUGAAAGAAUUGGAUCAAAGACUGUUUGAAAGCUAUAUUGAGAUGAAAGCAGAUCCCAUAGUUGGUUCCUUGGAGCCUGGCAUUUAUGCAGGGUAUUUUGACUGGAAGGACUGCUUAACACCUACAGGUGUAAGAAACUAUUUGAAGGAAGCCCUAGUAAACAUCAUAGCUGUGCAUGCAGAGGUUUUUGCAAUUUCAAAAGAGCUGGUUCCUAGAGUAAUGUCAAAAAUUGUGGAAGCAGUAGGUGAUGAACUCAGCAGACUAAUGCAGUGCGUCUCCACCUUUAGCAGAAAUGGUGCUUUACAGGCAAGACUUGAAAUUUGUUCCUUAAGAGAUGCUGUAGCUGUUUAUUUAACAAAUGAUAGCAAGUCCAGCUUCAAACAAGCACUGGAAGCUCUUCCGCAACUUGCCAGUGGAGGUGAUAAAAAGUUGUUAGAAGAGCUUCUGAAUGAAUUCAAAAGCAGCAUGCACUUGCAGCUAACCUGCUUUCAGCCUUCUUCCUCUGUCAGUAUGAAAACCUGAGGAACUAAGAAAGUGAUCAUAUUCCACAACUUUUACAUCCCUCCUCUUGUGUGGUUAGAAUUCUGCAAAAUUGCUUCUUUUCCAGUAUAACUUUGUAUGCAUAAAAGUGAAACUGUAAUGCAGCUAUUUUAAUUUGAAAUUAAACACUGUAUGAAUAAGCUUUGCUUGCUUGAAACAAGUUUGUUAGCAGUGUAAAAAAAUAAAAUAUUUUCCUCUUUCAUUAUAUUAAACGUGUAUCAUUUUAAA